AUGCCAAGUAAAAGAGGAUUGAUCAUUUGUACAACUACUCUGGAUCCAAGUGGACAUGAUGCUAAAUUUAUUCCAAUGCUAGUAUCAUUUUUACCACAGCAAAUGUCCAUAUUGAACAAAUACCCAUUUGCUCCACACAAUUCCCAGAGCUUUAGUCCAUAUCUGUCAGGCUUGCAAGCUCGUGAGUAUGACGAUUCAGAUGUAGAUUCCGAAGAGAAUGAUGAGUUCGUGGUUAUACCUGAUCCAGACAACUCAGGUUCUGAAGGAGAAUAUGACUCAGAUGAUGAGAAUUUGGAUGAAGAAAUCCCAAAACCAAACAUUUCAUACAGAUCUACUUUUCAUAACUAUUCAGCAGUUAAAAAAAAAUUAGAACCAGAUCAUGAAUUUUCAUGGUGUAAUUCAGAAAAAGUAUGCCCUGGAAAUGUAGAGAAUGAAUUACUGUUGAGUGAUUCUGUAAAGAAAAAAAUAUGUUCAAUGUCACCUGUGCAGUUAUUUGAACUUUUUUUCUCUAAAGAAAUAAAAAAUUAUAUCAUUGAAGCUAGCGAAGCAAAUGGAUUGAAUUUAUCCGUACAAGAACUUAAUACUUUUGUGGGAAUAUUACUGCUAUCUUCGUACAACAUACGAAAUGAGCUAAGGGAGUAUUGGGAAACUGACCCUCUUGUGAAGUGCUCUGUAGUUUCUUCAGCAAUGACUCGUGAUAGGUUUUGUGAAAUAAAAACAAAAAUAAAAUAUUCUAAACCUAAAGAUAAAAAUGACCAUGACAAAGCUUGGAAAGUUCGGGAAAUAUUAAAUCUAUUCAAAACAAAUAUUCAACAAUUUGGCUUUUUUAUGACAGCUCUUUCUGUAGAUGGAAUGAUGGUCAGAUUUUUUGGACGUACUUGCCUAAAACAAUAUUUACCUUGCAAGCCUGACAGAUAUGGACUAAAGCUCUGGGGAUUGUGUGGAGCAAAUGGGUAUUUGUUCAAUAUGGACAUUUGCUGUGGUAAAAAUGAUACUAGCAUUGGAAUAAAUUUAGCAUCAUGUCCACUUGGAUCCAGAGUAGUUGUACAAAUGAUCAAUCCUUUUUUACUUGGUAUUUCAAAAAGAAAGCUUAGACUAUCACCUCUAUUUCGAUAA